AUGACAUCGGACUUGAUUCGUAAAAUACUUGACAGAGUUUUACCCGACAUAGAGAAGUCCUUUAAUAACUGGGACUACUUAGAAAAUCCGACGAUAGAACCGUUCGAAUUUGAGGCAGGGCUGGACCCCACGAUUGAAAAGGGGAAAAUAUGGAACGCGUUUCCUUUUUAUUUUCAAAUCGUGAUUUCCUAUGUUGUCACGAUUCACUUGAUUCGAUGGAUUAUGCGUGACCGCGAGCCAUUCCAGCUUCUUGGGCCCUUAACCACGUGGAACUUUGGGAUGGCGGCGUUCUCAGCGAUCGCUUUUAUUCGUACUGUCCCAGAAUUGGUUCAAGUCCUCGGUGGGGAUGAAGGAUUUCAUCGCUCCGUUUGUGCCAGAAUCAUGUACACAUAUUUCGCAAUUUCGACUUUGGGUUACAAACCUCUCAAGUUCAUGUCGAUGGGGUUAACACUUUUGCAAAUCUGUCAGUUCGUGGUUGCCAUUGGCAUUAAUGUUUACGCCGUUGGUGUAAAAUGGACCGGUGAUCCCUGCGCAGUCUCCAACGAAAGCAGUUUGGUCACCUUAUUUAUGUUUAUUUCAUAUUUGUUUCUCUUUUCGCAUUUCUUUUACAAGUCGUACUUCCCCAACGAAAAGAAAGCGGUCCGAUGA